AUGGCGGCCACGUUGAGAUUGGGAAAGAAGUCAUGGACAUUGCCUGCAGCCCCCAACGCCUCCUGCAUUUGCAUUUUGAACGAGUGGUGCCAGGCCAUUCAGGCUGAGUUGCACUGGGAAUUGCGCCAAACGGGUCCACACGCCGAGAGUUCAACAGGCGCAGACGAUGCUGUGGAUCUGUGGCAGGUGGGGGAGAGGAGCGACUCCUUGUGCAAGGGCCGCCUGGGAACUUGGCAGCAGCGUUUGAAUCGGCCAGUGGUUCCGGGGGCCGUGGAGUACAUCUCACAGAUGUGGUACAGCUCGCGGACAGAGUUUCAGUGGCUCUGCACGGUCCAUUUGCACUGCAUGUCUUCCCAAGGCUCCCCACCAGUUUGCUUCACGGGCCGACCUUUGCGUUCCAAGAAGGAGGCCGAGCAGAGCGCAGCAUGGGAAGCAGUUUCCGAGCUCACGGCCAGGAAUUCGCAGCACCAAUAA